GGGACUGCGCUCAGCCUGGGGUUUGGAGGCGGCCUCCUACAGGAAGCGACCUGGGACCUAAGAUUUUUAGACUGACUGUGGGUUCACUGGAAUAAAAAGGAAGAAACAAAGAGCAUUGCAGGCAUCGGGACUGUCACGUGUAUUUGACAAGAUCAAAGCUGCAGGAAAAUGGACAGUGAGGUUCAGAGAGAUGGAAGGAUCUUGGAUUUGAUUGAUGAUGCUUGGCGAGAAGACAAGCUGCCUUAUGAGGAUGUCGCAAUACCACUGAAUGAGCUUCCUGAACCUGAACAAGACAAUGGUGGCACCACAGAAUCUGUCAAAGAACAAGAAAUGAAGUGGACAGACUUAGCCUUACAGUACCUCCAUGAGAAUGUUCCCCCCAUUGGAAACUGACGCUUGGCUCCUUUCUUGUGGAUGGAUUUUCUAAAAGUACACAGAUAAAGCAUGUUUUGUUUCAGUCUCCUAAUUCAAAUCUUUGAGUAAUAAAUCAGCACUCAAAAAUGUACACCCAUUUAGUUUGUGGUAGCAAAGUGCAAUGUGAAAAUGUUCACUAGAAUGAGAAACUGAGAUUUCUCAGUAAUGGUGAAUAUUUGGCUCUUUAAACCUAAAACUCUUCAUUGAGUCGCUUAUAUUUGAACAUGAUUGGUUAAACAUUUGCCUCUACCUCUGAUUUUGCUUUACUGUCAAAGUUUAACACCUUCCAACUACUUAUGUGUGUCCUGUAACACACGCGAUUGAACGUAUGAGAGGGAAAGGCAAAGAAAGAGGAAGCCAGACACUAGGAGAAUUAUUAACUUCUCAUACUUCCCCACAUUGAGACAUUCAGAGUGUAUUUAGCCUGUAGAUGUUGUGAUAUGCAAAUAUCCCAUUCCCUGGUUACUGGCAUUCCCAAGAUUCUUCAUGGUAUUUUCAAACUUUGGAUAAAUUUACAGAUUAGAAAGAUAUCUGACAGUUACCUCUGUUCUCCUUACAAAUUCCUUUUGUGCUGCUGGAAAGGAUCUUUGGCUAGGUGAAUGACUAGUUUUAUUCAGUAAUGGCAUUUCUUAUUUUCUCAAAGCCCUUUCAGUUAUAACCACCCCACUACGGAAUCAGUAUUUAGUUAUACAUUUGUAUAAGAACCUGUAUUUUGAGAAACAUAUUCAUGUAUAUUUAUUCCUGGAAUUAUUUGCCUGUUAAACAGUGUCUUUCAUGUUCUCUCCCCAGAUUGUAAACUCUGUAAGAAGCAGCCCCAGCUGCUUAUAUCUGUAUCCCUUGUUGAAACUCUGAAAACACUGAAUAACUAAAAUCUCUUCUCAUCCUUUU